UCCCAUGCCAAUAGGUCACAGGCGCAGCUGCCACUGGGAAAGCUCUUACCCUGCCGUGUAGUUACCAGACUGAAGAGUAAACUACAUAACGGGCAUAGGCUAGUUAGCUAAUCAGGUGCUAAGUCAGCUUGGCACGCAGCAUUGUACCUUAUUCCUGUGGGGCGGUGUUAUAAUGGUUGUAUCGUUAACACUGGCAACAGUUAAAGGAAGUAACGUUAGCAGGUCGUUGUUUGUAGUGUUUUUAAUUAGCUAGGUCUAGCUAACGCGGAAGGCACCCCCACAGAUUAAUCAAUGAUUAGCAUAACAUAACGGACAUAACACUCUUUUCUCAUUUACAAAGGGCCUUUCUUCCUGAGUAAAGAUGUCUAAACGGCUGCGGAACACCGAGCUCUGCGCUGAUUGCAGUGUUCCAGAACCUCGCUGGGCCUCGGUGAACAGGGGCGUGUUGAUUUGCGAUGAGUGCUGCAGCGUUCAUCGGAGCUUGGGCAGACACAGCUCCCAAGUCCGCCACAUGACGCACACACCAUGGCCUCCUACGCAGCUACAGAUGGUUCAGACGUUAUACAGCAAUGGUGCAAAUUCAAUAUGGGAGCACUCCCUUCUGGACCCUGCAUCUGUGAUGAGUGGAAAACGCAAGGCCAACCCUCAGGACAAACUGCACCCAAACAAAUCAGAGUUUAUAAAAGCCAAAUAUCAAAUGCUGGCAUUCGUGCAUCGCAUGCCUUGCCGGGAGGACGACAGCUCGACAGCCAAGGACUUAAGCAAGCAACUUCACUCAAGUGUACGCACUGGGAAUCUCGAAACGUGUUUGAGGUUGCUAUCCCUGGGAGCACAAGCAAAUUUUUUUCACCCCGAAAAAGGGAACACUCCCUUGCAUGUAGCUGCAAAGGCAGGACAAGUAUCUCAGGCUGAACUGUUGACUGUUUAUGGGGCAGAUCCUGGAGCCCCUGACAGCAAUGGCAAAACUCCCAUUGACUAUGCAAGGGAAGCCGGCCACCAUGACCUGGCAGAUAGAUUGGUGGAGAUUCAGUAUGAACUAACAGAUCGACUGGCGUUCUACCUGUGUGGGAGAAAACCAGAUCAUAAAAACGGCCAGCACUUCAUUGUUCCACAAAUGGCCGACAGGAACAUCAGCUUAGAUUUAUCAGAACUGGCCAAGGCAGCAAAGAAGAAACUGCAGUCGCUCAGUAAUCAUUUAUUUGAGGAACUGGCCAUGGACGUGUAUGAUGAGGUGGACAGACGAGAGACUGAUGCAGUGUGGCUAGCUACACAGAAUCACAGCACCCUGGUGACAGAGACAACCGUGGUGCCUUUCCUUCCUGUGAAUCCAGAGUAUUCAUCAACACGAAACCAGGGACGGCAGAAGCUCGCAAGAUUUAAUGCACAUGAAUUUGCAACUCUUGUGAUUGACAUAUUAAGUGAUGCCAAGCGCAGACAACAGGGGAAUUCAAUAGCCAGUCCCAAAGACAACGUUGAGUUUAUCCUGAAGAGUGUGGCUGUCAGGCAUUGUAGUGAUAGCCAGGACAAUGACCAGCCUGACUACGACAGUGUGGCGUCCGAUGAGGACACGGAUCAAGAGCUUCCCUCGAGCAAAGGCGAUAGGACCAAGAGCCUGGACUCUGACGUCUCAGAUGGCCCAAUCACCAUGCACGAGUACUUGGAGGUGAAAAACGCGCUCUCUGCCUCUGAAGCCAAGAUCCAGCACCUCAUGAAAGCAAACAACAACCUGAGCGAUGAGCUGAGGCUGAUGCAGAAAAAG